AUGGGUCCUCAGGCUCUUUCAUCACUGGCUUCAAUGGAAAUUCUGCUGUCACUGAUAACAUUGUGCCUCCUUCCUCAGGCUGCAUUCGGCAAAACCAGGCAUUACGAGUUCAAUAUCAAGUUGCAAAAUGUGUCACGACUGUGCCACACAAAGAGCAUGGUGACUGUGAAUGGGCUGUUUCCUGGGCCUCGCAUUGUAGCCAGAGAGGGUGACCGUCUGCUCAUCAAUGUCACUAACCAUGUUUCAAACAAUAUUUCCAUCCACUGGCAUGGCAUUCGACAGCUUCGCAGUGGUUGGGCUGAUGGACCAGCAUAUAUAACUCAGUGCCCUAUUCAAACUGGCCAAAGCUAUGUCUACAACUACACCAUUGUGGGCCAAAGAGGAACACUCUUCUGGCAUGCCCAUAUUUCGUGGCUAAGAUCAACAGUCUAUGGUCCUAUAAUUAUCCUCCCCAAGCGUAAUGCCUCUUACCCAUUUGCAAAACCCUAUAAGGAAGUUCCCAUCAUCUUUGGUGAAUGGUUCAAUGCUGAUCCUGAGGCCAUUAUUAGCCAAGCAUUGCAAACUGGUGGUGGUCCAAAUGUCUCUGAUGCCUACACAAUCAAUGGAUUUCCCGGGCCUUUGUACAACUGUUCUGCAAAUGAUACAUUCAAGCUGAAGGUGAAGCCUGGAAAGAUUUACCUUCUCCGUUUUAUCAACGCAGCACUAAAUGAUGAGCUCUUCUUCAGCAUUGCAAACCACACUCUCACAGUUGUUGAUGUCGAUGCCAUUUAUGUUAAACCUUUCGAGACGGACACAAUUCUCAUUGCCCCUGGACAGACCAGCAAUGUUCUUCUCAAGACCAAACCUCACUUCCCAAGUGCCACUUUUCUCAUGGAAGCUAGACCAUACGCCACCGGCCUCGGAACCUUCGACAACUCCACCGUCGCCGGUAUUCUUGAGUAUGAACCACCAUUCCUUCAUUCAACUGUCUCAAUGAAGAAGCUUCCUCUCUUCAAACCAACCCUACCUCCUCUCAAUGACACUUCCUUCGCCACCAACUUCACCAACAGGCUCCAUAGCUUAGCCAGUGCUCAAUUUCCAGCAAACGUUCCCCGGAAAGUUGAUAAGCACUUUUUCUUCACUGUAGGCCUAGGAACAAACCCUUGCCAGCAAAACCAAACCUGCCAAGGUCCCAAUGGAACCAAGUUUGCAGCUUCAAUUAACAACAUAUCAUUUAUACAACCAACAACUGCCCUCCUCCAAUCCCACUUCUCCGGCCAAUCCACCGGCGUUUACAGCCCAUACUUUCCGAUCAAUCCGACUCACUGGUUUAACUAUACAGGAAACCCUCCGAACAACACCAUGGUUGGCAAUGGAACCAAAGUUAUGGUUCUGAAAUUUAACACCAGUGUGGAGCUAAUCCUGCAGGACACAAGCAUUCUUGGUGCUGAGAGCCACCCUCUGCAUCUCCAUGGCUUCAACUUCUUUGUUGUUGGUCAAGGAUUCGGGAACUAUGAUCCGAAUAAGGACCCUAAAAACUUCAAUCUCGUCGACCCUGUCGAAAGGAACACUGUUGGUGUGCCCUCCGGCGGGUGGGUUGCUAUACGGUUCUUGGCAGAUAACCCAGGUGUAUGGUUCAUGCAUUGCCACCUGGAAGUCCACACCAGCUGGGGUUUGAAGAUGGCAUGGCUUGUCUUAGAUGGAAAGCUUCCCAAUCAAAAGCUCCUUCCUCCACCAGCAGAUCUUCCCAAAUGCUGAUCUUCAUACCUUCUCUGCCCAAAUUGCCUGAAGUGUUUUCUCUGUUUUUCCAAUUUCGCUUCCUCGCAUCCAUUUUUCUACUGAC